UCAUUGGAGCGGUGUUUAUUACCAUCUUCUACACCCUGGCCAGGAACUUGUGGGAAGAAAGUGAACCUAUUUGGGAGGGAACACUUAGCCUCAUCGCCUCAGUGGUCAUAACUGUCAUGUCGGUAGGCAUGUUAAGGGUUGCUCACUGGAGGAAAAAGUGGGAAGACAAAUUACGAGGUGCAACAGAAUCCUACCUUGGGAAAAGUGAGAGUGGAGGAAGGUGGUCCUUGGUCCUCUUGCCUUUCACGGUUGUCUGUCGUGAAGGUUUAGAAUCUGUUAUAUUCAUGGCAGGGAUUGGCUUUGAAAAAUCCCCCACCGGCCUUCCCAUCCCAAUAGUUCUUGGUAUAGCUUCGGGAUUUAUAAUCGGCUGGAUCAUCUACCACGGAUCCCACAAAGUUUCCUUGAACAUAUUCAUCAUCACCACGACCACGCUCUUGUUAUUCAUUGCCGCCGGUCUUUUUGUUACAGCCAUCGGAGAAUUUCAAGAGGUCUCCAAAAAUCCAGGAAUUCAACUAUGGUCUCUCAAUUGCUGCGAUCCCGAAAGCGAUAAUUUCUGGCGGAUAAUGCAUUCACUUUUUGGAUGGAACAACAAAUCCACGGUUGGAACGUUCUGCGGAUACUUUUCUUACUGGAUUGUGGUAAUUGUCAUAAUAUUAAUUGUCCUACGAAGGGCACGAAAUAAGGAUUUCAAGGAAACCAAUGAAGGAACGUCCGAUGACCUGGAGAAAAAAGUGGAUCAUUUGAUCGAAGAAUAUGAAACGAAAUA